GUGGCGAAACCGUCUCGAGCCGCGGCGGCGGGUUAGGGUGUCUUCUGAUCCCGUUCUCUUCCUCUUCCUCCUCUUCUUCUUCGUCCUCUCGAAGUCGUUGGUAAUGGCGCGUAGAAUUUUCUUUGGACCCCACGGAUGGAGGAGACCAAUAUCUGGGUCAUCGUUCUCCGUAAAGGACGCGAGUGUGGUAAGGAAAAAGGGUCCCUAUCCAUGGAGACUUAAACAAACAAAGAAAGUUUAAUCAUUUAUCUGACCCUUCCCUUGGACUAAAGCAGGAAAUGGUGAAUUGCGAACAUCUCAUCAUCUUCGCCCCAGCCAAUGGUUUGACUAUUAGCUCAACGAAGAAGAAGAAGCGAAAAUCACCGCAAGAUCUUCGGCAUUUGGCCUUAAUAAGUCGGCUCGAUCUUGGAUUCAUCCAUGGUAAGAAGCAGCAGCAGCAGCUUUACUCUGCUUCAUCUGAUUGGUGUAUUUGCUUUGACAUCUCGAUGUUCGUGUUCGACGACGGACUCUCUGUUAGCGAACCAAUCGCUUCCGGACGGCAAAACACUGGUUUCCGCAAGCGGAACCUUCCAGCUCGGCUUCUUUAGCCCCGGCAAUUCCGCAAACCGAUACGUCGGAAUAUGGUUCGACCAAAUUCCGAGCCAAACUGUAGUGUGGGUCGGCAACAGAGGCAGUCCGCUGGUCGAUGCGACCGGCUCUCUUGUUGUCAACUACGACGGCGAUCUGAUGGUCGUGGACGGCAAGGGGAGUUCCACCACGUUGGGGUUUGGCUCCGGAAUGAGAGACGCAAAGGCCACCAUCUUGGACUCUGGCAAUUUCGUGUUGAGUGAAAGCGGCAAUUCGUCGAACAUACUGUGGCAGAGCUUUGAUGACCCUACUGAUACCUGGCUCCCCGGCAUGAAGAUCGGACUCUUCGGCCGGCAAAACCGGCUAUUAACUUCAUGGGCAAGCUCCGAUGAUCCUUCUCCGGGAGAUUUCUCUUUUGGCGUUGAUCCGCUCAGCUCGGACCAACUCUCCAUCUGGCGGAAGGAGAGGGUUUACUGGACCUCCGGAUUCUGGAACGGUACAAAACAAAUCGGGAAUCCAUCUUCGACAAUUAGUUCUGUAUCUUUUGAAUUUGUCUAUCGCGACGAAAUCGAGAUAUACGUCACCUACACUUACGAUAGUAAAGACGUUCCAUCUAUGUUCGUGAUUGACUCAGCGGGACAAAUCCAGUGGCUAACAUGGAUAAAGGAUGAUCAGGGGUGGCUUCUAUCUUGGGCUCUGCCAAGGUCCUACUGCGAUGUGUAUAAUGCUUGUGGAUCAUUUGGCGUCUGUGACUCAUUAGGAUCCCCCCCUUGUUCGUGCUUGACAGGUUUCGUACCAAAGUCUCCGACAGAUUGGAAAAAUCUAGCUUUUACUGGGUGCCCUAGGAUGGCAAAUCUACAAUGUGGGAGUAGCGGAGAGAUCGAUAGAUUUGUUGAGACAUCCAAUAUGGUUUUUCCUCUGAAUCCACAAGUAUUUUAUGUUGGGAGGGCCGAAGAAUGUGAAUCAGAAUGCCUGAAUAACUGUAAUUGUACUGCUUAUGCCAUGUUAGCAACGUGCAACUUGUGGGAGGGAGAACUUAUGAACUUGAAGGUACUUAAUCCAAGCGAUUACAAUGAUUCCAAAGUUGCUAACGGAACUAUUUAUAUCCGUCUUGCUGCAUCAGAGUUUGCAUCUGCAGGGGACAAGAGGAAGAAGAGGAAGAAGAGGAAGAACCUUAUUGUUGGUAUCACAACAACUCUCUCGUUUCUCAUCUUUUGCUCUCUGUUGUGUCUUAUGUGGACCAGAAGACGCAGAAAUAGAGGGAGAAAGAAAUCGUAUGGUCAACAAUCAGUAAUCACUUUCGGCACUACUGAAGCAAUUAGUCUUUGGGAAACUGAGGAGAGGGGAUCUCAAUUCUCCAUGUUUGAUUUCUCUCGCAUUAGCAAUGCCACAAAUAACUUUUCAGCUGAGAACAAACUUGGAGAGGGUGGGUUUGGACCUGUCUACAAGGGCUUGUUGCCAGGGGGGCAGGAUAUCGCAGUUAAAAGACUUGCUGCACAUUCAGGACAAGGUCUAGUGGAAUUUAAGAAUGAGAUUCUACUUAUAGCCAAGCUUCAGCACAGAAAUUUGGUUAGGCUCCUGGGUUGUUGCAUUCAAGGAGAAGAAAAGAUACUCGUCUACGAAUACAUGCCAAACAAAAGCUUGGAUUUCUUCCUCUUCGACAAAACGGCAAGAACACUACUAGAAUGGAGAAAGCGUUUUAACAUAAUCGAUGGGAUAGCUCAGGGCCUUCUUUAUCUUCACAAGCACUCUAGACUGAGAAUUAUUCACAGGGAUCUGAAAGCCAGCAACAUUCUCCUGGAUGAAGAGAUGAAUCCAAAGAUAUCAGAUUUUGGCAUGGCAAGAAUAUUUGGCUCAAACGAAACACAAGCCAACACAAACAGGGUUGUUGGAACUUAUGGUUAUAUGUCUCCUGAAUAUGCAAUGGAAGGUCUUUUCUCUGUCAAAUCUGAUGUCUUUAGCUUCGGGGUCUUGCUUCUGGAGAUUGUAAGCGGAUUGAGAAAUGCAGGCUUUCACCAAUAUGGCAAUUCUCUCAGCCUCCUUGGUCAUGCAUGGGAGCUGUGGAGAGAAGGCAGGUGGAUUGAGCUGGUGGAUGAAUCAUUAGGCGAAGGAUGUCCGGAGGAGGUGUUGAGAUGCAUUCACGUGGCACUCACAUGCGUUCAGGAGAACGCCGUGGAUCGGCCGACCAUGUCGGAGGUCAUUGCGAUGCUCAGCAGCGAGAAUGCAUCCUUGCCUGAUCCUAAGCAGCCUGCCUUCAUCACCGUCAGAAUCGCAGUUGAAACCAACACGGAUGGGGCCUGCUCUCCUAAUGUUGUGACUGUCAGUGUCCCAGAAGGUCGAUAGUUCGAGUCUGCGCAUAGUGCAGAUUGUUUAGUGAAUAUGCACACUCAACAAAUUUUGUUGGGACACAUGUACGGACACAUUCUGCAAUGAAUUCGAGGGUAUAUUAUGAUAAUUCAAAUUUACAGGGCUACAGAAGUAGACAAUUGUUUU